AUGCACGCCAAUCUUCUCAUCGCUCUUUUCGCCACUGCUUUUCCUGUACUAGUAGCAGGUGGUUGGAACUUCAAUGUAUGCAAUGGGGCCGGAGGCUGCUAUUUUUUCCCCACCUGGAGUACCAGUGACAAUUUUGUUUGCCCUGAUGGCAGUGGCCUAAGCCGCUAUGAGUUUGCGGAAGACCAGGACGGCUUCGGCAAUGGAAAUGGUGUUCCUGUUAGCAAAGAGGAAUUCCCUAAGACGUGCGUGAAUGGUUUUGUACCUGGUCCGGACGCUCAACUUUUCAAAUUGCAAUCAAGGAACAACCAAACUAUGUACGCUGCUGUAUUUACUACUUGUGACACGCCGAACCCAGAAGUAGGCAAUUGCUACACCGCUGAUCCUAACCCAACUACAUCCACCUUUUGCGCUAUGUACGACCCAAGCGGCGGAUUGUGCGAGCUCCAGGCGCCACGGAAUAGGCGUUAG